AUGAAGAUUGUUUGGUGGAUUCCAUUGAAUCUGUACCUGCUAGUGAGCAUUUUCUUUGUGCGUGGCAAAAAUUUCUGCUAUGAAAUUGAGAAAAUCCCGAAACUGGUUCAAAAUAAAUCUAUCGGUGUUGAAAUUGGAACCUGCAACUAUUACUGUAUGUUUACCGAGCACACACUUCCGGUGACCGUUGCGGUUGAAAAGCUCUCGUGCGAUCUGGAAUUUGAAAUCCAACGAAAGGAGGUUUGCUGUGAAGGAUACUAUCGUCACGGCAAUGAUUGUCUACCGCUGUGCAAGAGUCAAUGUGUGUACGGUGAAUGCGUUGCAGUGGACACGUGUCAGUGUUAUGCUGGUUACCGCAAAGUUCAUGAGUUCUUGUGUGAGCCAGCUUGUGAAAUGUCGUGUGAAAAUGGACGUUGUGUGGCACCAAAUGUUUGUCUGUGCAAUGAUGGCUUCGAGAGCGACGAGUUUGGGGAAUGUGUACCAAAGUGUCAGGAGCGGUGUCGUUUUGGAUGGUGCGAAGGAAGCAAAUGUCGGUGUUAUGACGGAUAUUCAACUGAUCCUGAAGACGGCAACCGAUGUAUUCCGCAGUGUUUUCCUGGCUGUGGGAAUGGCACCUGUGUACAUCCCAACGUAUGCCAGUGUUUUCAAGGUUACACACUCUCUCCAACAUCCCCGUUUGUAUGCUCUCCGGUUUGUAGUGGCCUCUGCCAAAACUGUGUUGCUCCCGGGAUCUGCGAUUGUUCUAACGGCUACCGCCUAAACGAUAUCAACGAAUGCAUCCCAAUUUGUGCAACGCUCGAUUGUUCGAAUGGUCGAUGUGUGGAACCGGAGGUUUGUCGGUGCAAUGAGGGAUUCACACCCAGCGGUAACGAUAAGGGCGGUUGCGUUCCACUUUGCAAGAACGGAUGUCGCAAUGGGAGAUGUAUUGCUCCGGAUGUUUGCUUGUGUGAUCCAAUGUAUCGUAUGGGCUCGAAUCAUACCUGCGAGCCAUAUUGUCCUGAUGGCUGCUUGAACGGAGAUUGCAUUGGUCCCGGUGUCUGCCAAUGUUGGACUGGGUACAACUUCAACUUGGUGAUAGGACUCUGUGAGCCAUAUUGUGGUGAACCAUGUUCCAAUGGAAUUUGCAGUGGUCCGGAUUUAUGCGCAUGUAAUGAGGGGUACCAUUUGGAUCGCAGAAAUUCUAUGAAGUGUGUGCCCAAAUGCAAUAAACCAUGUGUCCACGGAAAGUGCAUUGCGCCGGAUGUUUGCGAGUGCAACAAAGGAUAUUCCAAAAUUGAGAACAGUAACAAUGUUUGUGAGGCUAAAUGUACAAACGGGUGUCAGAACGGGAGGUGCGUAGGACCGGAACGGUGCGAAUGUCUUCCAGGUUAUUUCACGACGACCAGCUUGAUCAACGUGAAAAAAUCAGUUUGUACACCAUACUGUAAGGACCGAUGCAUAAACGCAUACUGUAUCAAGCCAAACUUGUGCCAAUGUAUUACGGGCUAUAGGUUCGUUGUGAACAGCACGAGUGUUUGUGAACCAAUCUGUGACGAAUCCUUGAUAGAUUGUAUGAAUGGUCAGUGCGUUCAGUCUAAUACUUGCCAGUGUAACCUAGGAUUUACGCUAGCGAUAAGAAAUGGGAAAAUAACUUGCGAUCCAACGCAUUGUGAGAGGGCUUGUGUCAAUGGAUUUUGUGUUGGCGAUGGCUCAUGUGAUUGCAUUGAUGGGUAUCGGAUAUCUACGGAAUUUGAUCACGUAUGUGAACCGAUCUGCGAACCGGUAUGUAGCAGUGGUACAUGCAUUGCCCCUAACGUUUGUAUCUGUAAAGAAGGUUUCGUAUCCUCGGAUGGUGGAACGUGUCAACCAUACUGUGAUUCAAAUAAGGUGGUCUGUUCGUAUGGGAUUUGUCUGGGAAAUAAUCAGUGUCAAUGCCAUGAUGGUUUUUAUUUGAGAAAGGAUCCCGCUGGGAAAACCGAGUGCACACCUCUGUGUUCCACGAGCUGCUUGAAUGGACGCUGUGUGGCGCCUGGGAUCUGCCAGUGCAAUGAUGGAUUCGAAUACAAUCAACUGGUGGCAACGUGUGAACCAAUUUGCGAUCCACCCUGUGAAAACGGGGACUGUGUGGAACCAGAUACCUGUUUGUGUCACGAUGGUUUCGUUCCGGAAGAUGAACAUUCAUUCCGUUGGCACCAUGUCUGUUCGCCUUACUGUGAUUCGCGUGUAGUUGAUUGUAGCAAUGGAAUUUGUGGGGGUAGGAAUUUUUGUCGAUGCAAUGAAGGUUUCUACUCGAGCUAUACCGAUGCUGGUCUACUAACUUGUAUUUCGCUAGCACAAGAAUCUGCUCCUGUUUUGAAAAGUUCUGCAGGCUGUAACAACGAAGUGUCUGUUGCGAAGAGGUCUAUGAACGAGGAAGGAUCUGUAUCGACUCCGGGAAGAACUAAUGCUGUAGCGAUCUGCGAAGGUUGUGAUGUCAGCUGGCAGCGUCGGGAUAUGAAUGAUAUAACAAAAAUGCAGAGCACUGAGUAUGUUGAGGUUUUUAAAAAUAGCCAGUUCAACACAUUUUCGGUAUUUAAUCGCGUUGAUUUGGUUAUAGCAUUACUGGCCUCAUCAGUAGCAUUCAUCGUUAUUUUGGUGUCGUACUUAGUCUGUGUUUGUGUUAGUAAAAAGCAUUCGUACACGACCGAGACCAUUAUCAACUAG